AAGACUUUAACCAAACAUGUGUAUGUAUUAGUGAAAUGUACAGAAGAGAAAUACUUUCAAACAUUAAAAAACUUGCUACCAAAUCAUUUGCUAUCAUAAUUUUUUUUUCUUUCAAAACCGUGGCUGAAUUACUUCUAAUUCUGGCAAAAUUAUAAUUUCCAUUCACCUGUAGUUGCUUUUAAAAAAAAAUAUCUGUGAUGCAUCUGUGCCCCUUGAUUACUUAUAUAAGGAUUUUAGUGUAAGAGUAGAAUUUGUGGUCUGUAGUGGAGUUGGCUAUUAGGGUUCUCUGAAUAUUAUUAUUGUGUAGGUUGUCUGAAUUUAACAGAUCAGGUUUCCUCCUAGAAUUUGGAGGCUUAAAUUAGACCAGCUACUGAGGGGAAAAUGAGCCCAGUAUAGUUAUUCAAAUAGCAUCAUUGAAGGCAACAUUUAUUACUGCUUUUUGAGUGCUAGUCUUCCUACCUUCUUCUACUUUACCCUCCUCUGCCUUCAUAUUCCCAAUCGUUUCCAUUCCUCCAUUAAGUACUUUUUUUUUUUAUUCUUCUUGAAAACAUGUUACUUUAAGUAAACAUUUAUUCUCAUCCACAGCGGAAUUAAAUAAUAUGCUUCCUAUCCACCAGUGACUGAAAGGGGUUUGCUGUUACAUAGGCCCGCGUCUUUUGAAGUUCUGAUGUAGAAUAAAUUCUCUUCCACCUUCUUGCUAAUGUCGCCCAACUCCCAGAGCUUAGGGCCCUGGCUGCCCUCUGCCUUUUUUGUGGUCCCAGAAUAUUCAGCCUCUUUGUGUAGUCCCCAAGGAAAGCAAGGGAGGAGACUUGGCAGGAUGAUGGAUGUGGGGAGAGGAGACCCCACUCAUCUUGACUGUCCCAGGGUGCUGUAAGAUGAAUGUCAAUUAGCCUGACCACUUAACACCCCAUCACACAGACCCAGCCUUCAGGAACUUAGAAAAACCAAAGCAAAUCUUAAGAAUUGACUGCAAAAGCAGCAGCGUGCAGCGUCAAAGACAGUCGGCCUCCCAUGUCAGUGGUCUAGGAUGGCCAGUGAAGCCACCAACAUCCCAAGUCCUGUGGUGCGCCAGAUCGACAAGCAGUUUCUGAUUUGCAGUAUAUGCCUGGAACGGUACAAGAAUCCCAAGGUUCUCCCCUGUCUGCACACUUUCUGCGAGAGGUGCCUGCAGAACUACAUUCCCGCCCACAGUUUAACCCUCUCCUGCCCAGUGUGCCGCCAGACCUCCAUCCUGCCCGAGAAGGGGGUGGCCGCGCUCCAGAACAACUUCUUCAUCACGAACCUGAUGGAUGUGCUGCAGCGAACUCCAGGCAGCAACGUUGAGGAGUCCUCCAUCCUCGAGACGGUCACCGCAGUGGCUGCGGGAAAGCCUCUCUCUUGCCCGAACCACGAUGGGAAUGUGAUGGACUUUUACUGCCAGUCUUGUGAGACCGCCAUGUGUCGGGAGUGCACUGAGGGGGAGCACGCGGAACACCCCACAGUCCCCCUCAAGGACGUGGUGGAGCAGCACAAGGCCUCACUCCAGGUCCAGCUGGAUGCUGUCAACAAAAGGCUCCCAGAAAUAGAUUCUGCUCUUCAGUUCAUCUCAGAAAUCAUUCAUCAGUUAACCAACCAAAAAGCCAGCAUUGUGGAGGACAUCCAUUCUACCUUUGAUGAGCUCCAGAAGACGUUAAACGUGCGCAAGAGUGUGCUGCUUAUGGAACUGGAGGUCAACUAUGGCCUCAAACACAAAGUCCUUCAGUCGCAGCUGGAUACGCUGCUCCAGGGGCAGGAGAGUAUUAAGAGCUGCAGCAACUUCACUGCGCAGGCCCUCAACCAUGGCACGGAGACCGAGGUACUGCUGGUGAAGAAGCAGAUGAGCGAGAAGCUGAACGAGCUGGCUGACCAAGAUUUCCCCCUGCACCCGCGGGAAAAUGAUCAGCUGGAUUUCAUCGUGGAGACCGAAGGGCUCAAGAAGUCCAUCCACAACCUCGGGACGAUUUUAACCACCAACGCCGUCGCCUCCGAGACGGUGGCCACGGGCGAAGGGCUGCGGCAGACCGUCAUCGGGCAGCCCAUGUCCGUUACCAUAACAACCAAGGACAAAGACGGGGAGCUCUGCAAAACCGGCAAUGCCUACAUCACCGCGGAACUGAGCACGCCCGACGGCAGUGUGGCGGACGGAGAGAUACUCGACAACAAAAACGGCACGUACGAGUUUUUGUACACGGUCCAGAAGGAAGGGGACUUUACCCUCUCUCUCAGGCUUUACGACCAGCACAUCCGAGGCAGCCCUUUUAAGCUGAAAGUGAUCCGCUCAGCCGACGUGUCCCCCACCACCGAGGGCGUGAAGAGGCGCGUGAAGUCCCCGGGCAGCGGCCACGUGAAGCAGAAAGCUGUGAAAAGACCCGCGAGCAUGUACAGCACUGGAAAACGAAAAGAGAAUCCCAUCGAGGACGAUUUGAUCUUCCGAGUGGGUACCAAAGGAAGAAAUAAAGGAGAAUUUACAAAUCUGCAGGGGGUAGCCGCAUCUACAAGUGGAAAGAUAUUAAUUGCAGACAGUAACAACCAAUGUGUGCAGAUAUUUUCCAAUGACGGCCAGUUCAAAAGUCGUUUUGGCAUACGAGGACGCUCUCCCGGGCAGCUGCAGCGGCCCACAGGGGUAGCUGUGCAUCCCAGUGGGGACAUAAUCAUUGCAGAUUAUGAUAAUAAAUGGGUUAGCAUUUUUUCUUCAGAUGGGAAGUUUAAGACAAAAAUUGGAUCGGGAAAGUUGAUGGGGCCCAAAGGAGUUUCUGUGGACCGCAAUGGGCACAUCAUUGUGGUGGAUAACAAGGCGUGCUGCGUAUUUAUCUUCCAGCCAAAUGGGAAAAUAGUCACCAGGUUUGGUAGCCGAGGAAAUGGGGACAGGCAGUUUGCAGGUCCCCAUUUUGCAGCUGUAAAUAGCAAUAAUGAGAUCAUUGUUACAGAUUUCCAUAAUCAUUCUGUCAAGGUGUUUAAUCAGGAAGGAGAAUUCAUAUUGAAGUUUGGAUCAAAUGGAGAAGGAAAUGGGCAGUUUAAUGCUCCAACGGGUGUGGCAGUGGAUUCAAAUGGGAACAUCAUUGUAGCAGACUGGGGAAACAGCAGGAUCCAGGUUUUUGAUGGAAGUGGUUCAUUUUUGUCCUACAUUAACACAUCUGCUGACCCACUCUAUGGCCCCCAAGGCCUGGCCCUCACUUCAGACGGCCACGUCGUGGUUGCAGACUCUGGAAACCACUGUUUCAAGGUCUAUCGGUACUUACAGUAACGGUGGCCAGCUGGAGACCCCUUACAAAGGUCUUGCACUAUAAACUGGAAUGGAUUUCUCAACGCAGGACCAGGUUAUACUAGACAUUUCAUGCUAGAAGGAAUCAUUGGUGAACUUUCCAAGGUUAUUUCUGAAUGUAACAAUUUCCUUAAAAACUGCAUAUCUGAUUUCUGUAAUUCACCUUUAGGGUUUAAAAAAAGAAAUCUCUUCUACUGAAUCUAUAAAAAACUGCAAAGUUUUACACCUGUGAACUAUGGCAUAUAGGACAGGGAUUUAUGUAGUUAAACUAAUUUUGCAAAUCAAACAAGCAUUAAAAAAAAAGUAGAAUAUUUAAAGGUAUUUGUUAAUCUUGUGAAUGGUAGCUUUUGUGUAGAGCUUCCAAAAACAAACAAAAUCUGUUGUAGUUAUAUACUUUAUUUAUCCCCGGUCACAAGACCCGGGGAUCUUCUAACCUCACUUUUACAGUAGGUAUUACUCUUGUGACAUUUUUUGGUUGUCAGU